AUGACCGAAGAAAAGAUGUCCCCAAUCCCGGCUAGCGCCGACUACUAUGACCUGGGCGAAUUUGGCCACGCAGUCACCACGGCCAGCUCCGAUGCCCAGACUUGGUUCAAUAGAGGAUUGACCUGGGUGUAUUCAUUCAAUCAUGCCGAAGGUGCUUUUUGUUUCCAACAAGCCAUUGCUCAUGAUGAAAAUUGCUCUAUGGCAUAUUGGGGGUUGGCAUAUGCUGUUGGUCCAAAUUAUAAUCGACCGUUUGAAUCUUUUGACCAUGUCGAUCUAUACAGAUCCGUUCAAAGGGGAUAUGAUGCAUCGCGAAAGGCCAAAGAGCAUUCGGCAAACGCAACACCGCUCGAACAAGCUCUUAUCGAGGCCAUUCAGUACCGCUUUUUGACCGACAAGCCUGCAAGUGAUUACCCAGCUCUCAACAAAGGUUACGCGGAUGCUAUGAAGCUAGUCUACGACCAGCAUGGCCAUGAUCUCAAUGUUGCCACAUUAUAUGCCGAUGCGCUGAUGAACAUGACGCCCUGGGCCCUUUGGGAUCUGUUUACUGGACUGCCGAAUCCGAAAGCCCGCACACUUGAAGCACAAGCUGUCUUAGAGCGUGCAUUGGCGCGAGAGGAAGAUGGCGCAUACCGCAACCCUGGAUUACUUCACCUUUAUAUUCAUUUCAUCGAAAUGUCUCCAACACCAGAGCUGGGUAUCAACCCUGCCGAUGCGUUGAGGGGACUCAUCCCGGAUGCUGGUCACGUUCAACAUAUGCCUACCCAUCUCGAUAUACUGGUCGGCGACUGGCGCAGAUCUCUGGAUUCAAACUAUAAAUCGACUGUGGCAGAUGACAAAUAUUUCCACAAGUCUGGUGGCAAGAACUUCUAUACCUUUUAUCGAAUGCACGACUAUCACUCUCUGAUUUAUGCCGCCAUGUUUGCAGGUAAAUCCAAGGCCGCCCUUGAUGCAGUCACUCGCAUGGAAUCAACGUUGCCCGAGGAAGUACUUCGCAUUAAAUCACCCCCUAUGAUCGAUUGGUUGGAGCAGUUCGUGGGCAUUCGUUUGCAUGUCAUGGUACGAUUCGGCAUGUGGGAGGAGCUAAAGCAGAAGGAUCUGCCCCAUGAUCAGCAACUCUAUGCGGGUACAACUGCUACCGCUCAUUAUGCUAAGGGUAUUGCAUACGCAGCCACCGGCGAUCUCCCCUCGGCGCGAAAAGAGCAGGAACUCUUUUUAAAGACUUGGGCUCUAGUCCCAGAAAGCCGUCGCGCCUACAAUGGCAAAAUUGUUGAUGUACUCAAGGUCGCUGCUGCAAUGUUGGAAGGCGAAAUUGAAUACCGCUGUCAAAACUUCGACAAGGCUUUUGAAUCCCUUCGCCGCGCGAUCGACAUUGAAGAUAAGCUGCCAUACAGUGAGCCUUGGUCAUGGAUGCAGCCUGUUCGCCACGCCUAUGCCGCCCUGCUGAUGGAGCAAGGUCACCUCGAAGAAGCAGCAAAAACAUAUCGCGCGGAUCUGGGUUUUGACAAAUCUGUUAUUCGACCUCGUCGCCACCCCAACAAUGUUUGGUCGCUUCAAGGAUAUCACGAGUGUCUUCUUCGCUUGGGCAAGACGGAAGAUGCUACUAUGAUCGAGCAUUCAACCAAGUUAGCUCUUGCAGUAGCCGACAUUCCAAUCAAGGCAUCGUGCUUCUGCCAGUUGGAUACUAAGGAGUGUUGCUAA